AUGACUGAGAAGGCCCUUUUGCCAGUUACCCAUAUAGCUGCGGAUUAUAGUUGGAGUUUUGUGGACCAAGAUGUGUUAGGACAAGCCCUCGAAGAUGCCUUGGAGGUGUUGCAACAGCAGUCCAGUGGCGACUUUGAUUAUGAGCCAGAUUAUAACCACUGCUUGAAUUAUCAUCAACUUCACCUCAGAGCCAAUUCAAGCUACUUGACAGAAUCGUCCACAGAAAAAUCAAACUCUAGCUGGAAGAAUAUAAUAAAUAUUGAAGCCAACUUAUAUCCAGAUUGCGCUGUCUACCAGACCCUGCAGAAUAUUCCAGAAACUCAAGAGAUUUGUGCUACACCUCUUCAGCAAAAAGGAGGCAAAGGCAAAAAGAAGCUGCGCCUUUUUGAAUAUCUUCAUGAAACUCUUCAUAACCCAGACAUGGCAAACUGCAUUCAAUGGAUAGAUAAAUCCAAUGGAGUCUUCCAGUUUGUUUCCAAAAACAAGGAAAAACUGGCAGAGCUCUGGGGGGAACGCAAGGGAAACCGUAAGGUAAUGACUUACCAGAAAAUGGCCAGAGCCCUAAGAAAUUAUGGAAAAACAGGGGAAAUAAUUAAAAUCCGGAGAAAGCUGACAUAUCAGUUUGGUGCUAUAGUCUUGCAAAGGCUUUCUCCAGUUUACCUUCUGGAAAAGGAUGCAGAAAUCGAUGAAUAUGCCCACCCUGAUCAAGAGUGCCAUUGCUCAGAUGACUGGCUGUCUUACCAUUAUUACGCUUGCAACAACAGCCAUGAGCUACAGCAGGCAAGCAGUAAUGGAAGCCAUUUCUGUUACAGAUCUUAGUAAUUAGACAGAAUACCCACAAGACCCUACUUAAGGGUGUGACUGUGGGUGGAAAUACACAUUAUGAAGUACCUAGGGACGCUCAAGUGUCCCACCUCCAACUUUCCAUGCACUCACUCGCACAGUCACACUUCAGUUUCCAUUCAUGUGUUCGAUAUCAGUUCCUCCUCA